AAGCAACGCAGUUGGCUCAGAUCCCGAGCGCCAGCCCCCCAAUUUUCCUUGUCCGGGAGCUGGCGCACGGGAGAGGCGGCGGGCUGCGGCCCACUUUGGGUGCUAAGGCCCAAGCCAAGGACCAGGUCUCAUGGCGUCCGUGGUGCAGGUUUGCCGGGAGGCUGCGGCGAGCGCGGCCUCGUCCAUGGAGGACCCGCUGGUGCAGCAGCAGGCGGCGGAGGGGGCCAUCCUGCGGGCUCAGGCGGCCUUUGUGGCAUACCCGCUGGAUGUACUGAAGACCCAGGUCCAGUCAGGGCACCACCGGUACAACCGCCUCAGAGCCUUGCCCUGCCUCCUGAAGGACUACAGGCUCCGGAUUUUUAGGGGGUACCCCGGUGUGGGUGCCAACUCCUUCCUCAUGGGCUCGCUCAUGUUCGGCGGCUACCGCUUUUUCGACAACUUCUGGCAACUGUACCAGGUGCCGGACUACUGGCGUCCGGCAGUUGCUGGCGCCAGCAUUGGGGCCCUGUGUGGCUUUGUGGCAACUCCGCUGGAGCAAGUCAAGACCAUCAUGGCCCUUCAGGAGACCUGGCUAAAAGAGGGGCGGGUCAAAUGGCGGAUCUAUGGGUCAGUGCUGCAGGGUGCAGUGAAGGCUCCGUGGCGGCUGAAGUUCUAUGCCGCAACCCCCCUGAUGAUUCGCACGGCCCUGUUCGACAGCCAGCUGUUCUUCUACAACAGCCGACUCAGAGAAUGGGCCAACAGUGACGCAUGUCCUGCAAACAUGCACUUCUUGGUGAGCACUGUAGGUUUUAUGAUGGCGGGCUUGGUAGGUGCAACAAUCAACUAUCCUUUUGAUCGCGUCAAGGGCCACAUGAUGGGCCAGGCAUACCAGGUGUCUGUGGGCCAGGCGCCGUCUGAGACGACCUACUGCGCCUUCCGUUGGGUGCUGCGCGACGGCCUGGCGGGGCUUUUCCGGGGCCUGCCCACGCGGUCCAUGCUGCACGCCACCGUGUGGUGCGUUGUGGGCAUCGGCCGUGAGCUCUGCGAGACCCUGGGCUUGCGGGAACGCGCCAAGCGGCUGAGCGCUGCCCAGGGCCACAGCCGCGAGCUCAGCGCUUGAAGGGCCGAAGGGGCCGAGGGCGUGCCGCGAUUCGUCUCACCAGGCCCGGGCUGUCCGGGUCCGAAAGUGGCCGUGCGAGCACUGGCGUCGAACAAAGGAG